AUAAGGGAGGCGAUUCGGCGAGUCUGGUCACCUUUCGAGUCGCAGUCUCACAGCGUUCACCUCGGCGUCCGCACAAGUCGCCGCGUUGCGUUCAUUCACAGUUUUCUCACUUCGACGCGUAUGCAGUUGUAGAGAGAUAUACGGUAACCACCGCAUCGAUCGAACUCGAUACGAAUAUACGAACUUGCGGUGUCCAACAGCGAUAAACGCCCACCUACGUGUGUAUACCGUGCAUGGAAAGUAAGAGAAGUAAAAGUGUGAUUUGUACGGUGUGUGACCAUCCUUCGAUCAGUAUAAUCGUCAUGAAUUCCUACGGAGAGCUGUCGAGCAACGUGGAGACGAGCAGGACAAGUCUGCGACGCCUGGCGAGGCAUGAAGAGACGGAAUUCAGCAAUGCCAGCAUCCUAAACAGUAUGGAAAAGUUUGUGCGGACGGUGAACGAGAUGGAAGAGACGAUCCUGGUGCCAAGCAGGCUGCUAGACUUAGCGGUCGGGGAUUCCAACGACACCGUGUCGAUGAAGGGAAAGGGUGGCUCGUCGAUAAAAGAUGCGAUGGCAAACACAGACCUCUAUCAACUUUACAACAUCGUGAACAAGGUUAAGGUGGAGCUUUUGUGGUCCCAGGAAUCCCAGGAAGAAUUGAAGAACGCAACUACAGCUACCAGCGAAAGACUAGCAGUUGGUCACGUACGACGUCCCAGCACCACAUCUAUGCAAAGCAUCCACAGUGCAGCUUCGAUAAUCAGCUCAAGCUCGGACUCGGAUUCUGAUACAGGUAUAGAAAAUGAUUCUGGUAUGGAAAGCGAAGAGCCCAGCGAUCGUCUGGCUAACAUCGCCGCGGACAACUUCAGGCGCCAUUUGAGGGGUCUCCACAAUAGCAUUCACCAAAUGACUGAGGCUGCCACCUAUCUGACUCUCCGUUACCAAGCCGAUGUCGGUGGGGCAGUUUGAUUCUCUUAAUAUGUUGUUAUUGUUGUUGUUGUUGUCAUUAUUAUCAUUAUUAUUAUUAUUAUUUCAAUUUUAAUAUUAUUCGUCGUUGUAUCGUAUGAAUGUGUAUGUCUACGUAGUUGUAUCCGAUGGUGCUUGAAGCACCAGUACGUAUGUACGGUAGAUGGUUCAUUUCGACCGUCAACUCAAGGCAUUCGCUGUUUUACAACUUUUGAAAUAUCCACCAUUGAAUAUAAUACUAUAAUUGGAUGAAAAAAAGAGGAAAAAAAAAGGAUUUACAAAGAUUAGUUCGACAUUAUAAAUUCCAAUGAUUUAUUUUUUAUAUAUUUUCUAUUUAUUAUUUCAUAUAGUCUUUCACGGAUCUUAUCCGAUGUUGAAUUGUCCAAAUUUUAUCAUUCGGUUUAUUGUUUUCAUAGAUAUUUCAUCGGUCCUACUUAACAAGUUGAACACACAGACAUGAGUUCAAUUUAAAACUUGUAAAAUCGUUAGUGCCUUUGCGAGGAUAUAGUUGUUCUAUGUUUGCGUUAUUUACAAACAAAAAUUAGCUUACUAUGAAGAGAAAUUGUUUACUGAUGAAACGCAAAGAAAGAAAUCGGAAAACCGCACACACACACAAACACACACCAAAAUGCAUUAAUUUAUGAAGAAUAACAUGUAUAUCAAAGUUUCAUAAGUCAUACGUGCAAGUCAUGCUUUUGAAAUCUGUCACGUUGAGAUCAUUGAAACAGAACUUCUGUAUUCUACCCUUGGAGCUGUUUUCAUUAGAACCUGUCAAUAUAAUCAUAAAAUAUACAAUUUCCGCGUUUUUUUUUUCUUUUUUUAUAUCUCAUUCCAUGUUAACGUUUAUCAGUCAACUCAAGUUCAUACUUGAAAAAUGAUACCAAUUUAUAUAAAUUGGGAGAAAUAAAAAAGAGUUAUGAUAAGAAGGAAAUCCAUGAAACUUUCAUAUUUAGCCAUGUUUGUUGCCCCAUCUACCUCAAGCUUAUAAAUCAGCGGUUAAAAGCCUAAUAAAAACAAUGAAAUAAAGUCUAAAAAGUUGUCCGUCAAUAUUUCUGUAUCUAUUGAAAUGCAUAUUUAAUAUCGAUAAUACAAGCUGUAUGACUUUGUUUCUUCUUUUCGUCAACUUCUACCUGUACAUGAUGUUCUAAGAAAGAAAAUAAAAUGAACAAUUCCGAUUUGGACUUGUGAGGAAAACAAAACUGUCAAAGUUUGAAUUUCAAGAAAAUAAUGGGUAGCACAGGGUUGGUGGGUCUAACAAACUUUCAAAUGUAUGCAAUUCGUUAAUUUUCACCUUUAGGUUUUGAAUGUAUGAACGACUACGUAGAUUUUGAACAACUGCAUUUCAUUCAACUGCAAGCAGUAUAUUGACAUUUCCAUUCAGUUAUUUUGCUCCCCAAUGAGCAAAAUAUCGGCUUUGUUGAAUAAUUGAGUCAAGAUCUCUAUAAACCAUAAAAGGAGGGUUCCGUCUCAUCGAUUGAUUUUCACAAAUUCCAACCCGUUGUCAGUACAUGCUAUACAUAUACGUUAUUAAAUCAAAUUCUUCAUGUGAUUAUAAUAAUAAUAAUUUCAUAAGUGAGAGAAUUAACGUAUUGUAAAUAAGGUUAGGGUAUAUUAUUAUAAUAUGAUCAUUAUUUAUUUUUUAUCGCAUUAUUAUUUUUUAAGUAAGAGAACGUAAAUUGUAAACAUAUAUGUAUACACUAUAUGUAUACAUUAUAUGCUUAUAAUACGACUAUUGUUUUGCGCAGGCAUUCUUGCAUAUUGAUAUGAAAAUUUGAACUUCGAUCUUUUACGCAAGCAAACAUGACAUAUAUAUUCAAAAGCAUUUUUUUUCUAUAUUCAUUCAAUACUUUCAUUUAUCUUAUUUCGUCAACCUAAUUGUAAGCUUUAAUUAAUUAAUCAUUAACUAUGCUUGGUGUCAAUAAUGACAAUGACGUUAUUUAAAAUUUAUAAUGUAAAGAAAGUUUCGGAUUACCGUACCAACUACUUAUAUUUAUCAUUUUCUAUGUGAAAGCCUGUGCAUAAAAAUUUAUAUUAGAGCAAAGAUCGAACUGUUGUUGCAGCGUACCGUUAUUUGAUUUUAUUUAUUUUCUUUUUGUUUGAUUGAAAUAUUUAUGACCUCUUUCUUUUGCUCUUGUAUAUAAUUUGUAUAUAUGAACAUGUAAUAUAUAAAUCACCUAAGUAGGUACAUUACAACGUCACACUAUUCUACCUUUUAUACAAAUUUAAUUACAUACACGAAAUUCUGCUUUUCUGUCAAAUGUAUAAUUUAAAAAGCAAGAACAAAAUAAAACAGGGAAAGAACACCGCAUAUAAAACAGCAUCCGAUUACACGUCGAGAGAUAAAAUAUGUGUAACGAUUAUCGAUAACUACAUGCAUAAAUGUGUCCGGUACUGUUCGCGGUGAGACGAAUUGUCAAGUUUUCUCUAACAAUUGAAGUUAAACAAAAUAUGUUCAUUUCAACACGAAUUUUAAAAGUAUAAUAAAUGUUAUGUAGAUUUUA